CGAGGCGGUGGGGUUUGACGAUCAGGGACACCCCUCUCUGCUGGAUGGGAUGUAGCCCAGGUCUGCAGGAGAAGAAGGGAAGAAUCCGAAAGACUUUGAUCAGAUCGAACCUCUUUCCUGGAGAAAAAAAGCCCCCAGCCUGUUCAACCUUCGCUCAACCUCAAAGGAUCUGAGGUGUCAUGAGGUCACUGGAAGUGUGCAAGUGUUCCAAGACCCAGGCCUGGUACCUGUUCCUGGUCCUCGUGGUUAUAACCACAUUGAGUUUCACUGGCCGAGUUGUCUACCUCUCCCUGGGUGAAGGGUACGGAAUCUCCCUGGAUCCAUCCUGCAAACCCAGGAGACACGUCGUCUUCCUAAAAACACACAAGACUGCCAGCAGCACCAUCCUUAACAUCUUGUAUCGGUACGGAGAGGCCAGGAACCUGACGUUUGCUUUGCCCUUUUUUGACCAUUUGGGAUAUCCUCAGCUCUUCAAGGCCAGAUACGUCAAGGACUUUGAAAGGAACCCCAGCAAGGAAUAUAACAUUAUCUGUAAUCACAUGAGGUUCAAUUUGCCUGAGGUGAGGAAGGUGAUGCCAAACCAGUCCGUCUACUUCACCAUCCUCCGGAACCCCGACCAAGUGGCCGAGUCGUCUUUCUCCUACUACCACGAUGUCACGCCUGCCUUCAGGGAGGCGAAGAGCCUGGAUCGGUUUGCCUCGAGACCUAGCACGUACUACAGCCCGUCUGCAGCCGACAACCACUACGCCCGCAACCUGAUGUGGUUCGACCUGGGAGGGGACCACAAUGCGCAGGGGGACCCGAGCUACGUCAACAGCACCCUGCAGGCGCUGGAGAGGGCCUUCGACCUCGUCUUGCUGGCGGAGUACUUCGACGAGUCUCUGGUCCUGCUCAGGGAGGCUCUGUGUUGGCCGAUCGAAGACAUGGCCUACUUCCGGCUCAACGCCCGGCUGAGGCUGUCGGUCGCUCCACUGGCCCCGGCCGCCUCGUCCAAACUCCGGCAGUGGAACUCACUGGACUGGAGCCUCUACAGCCGCUUCAACCGCUCCUUCUGGGAGCGCGUCGCCCGCUAUGGGGCGGUCAGGAUGGAACGAGAUGUCUCCCAGCUCCGGGAGAUCCGCCGCCGCCUCGGCGCCACCUGCCUCCGGGGAGACGCGCCGGCGGGGGCUGCUGAGACAGUGCCGGCGGAAAUCAGGCCUCCCAGCUUCGGGACUGCCAAGAUCCUGGGCUACGUCCUCAGGCAGGACCUGACGGGUCCCACCAGGGAGCUCUGCACAAGGAUGGUCCUUCCCGAAAGUCGCUACCUGAGCCUUCUGCAGAGGAAGCAAGCGCUGAUCAAGCUGCCACACAACAUGGAAAACAGAUUGUAG